AUGAAGGCAGCGUCCCUGAAAGUGCUUAUGGUGGCUGUUGCCUGCGUCAUGGUGGCGGGGCCUGCCGAGGCCCGCCGCGACCUGCUGGGUGAGUCCUUCCUCCCGGUCGGCCAGACCGUCUCCAUCACCGCCGGCGGCGGCGGCUUCCGCGGCGGCGCCAUCCAGAUCGGCAAGGUGGCACCCAAGGCAGGCAACAGCACCAAGGCUGCUGCCGCGGGCCAGACCACUGUCAAGGUGACCGCGCCGACGUUCGUGGCGCCCGCGCCCGUCAAGAUCACUGUCACGCCCGCCCCGAAGCCGAAGCCCAUCGACCUCUCCAGCAAGAUCAUCCUGACCAAGGCGCCGGCGGCUGCCGCCAAGGCGCCCGCCGCCGCUGCCGACAAGGCGCCCGCCGCCGACGCCAAGGCGCCCGCCGCCGCUGCCAAGGCCCCGGCCGCUGCUGACAAGGCCCCCGCCGCCGAUGCCAAGGCGACGGCCGCUGCCGACAAGGCGCCCGCCGGCGAUGCCAAGGCGCCGGCCGCUACCGACAAGGCGCCUGCCGCCGAUGCCAAGGCGCCCGCCGCCGAUGCCAAGGCCCCCGCCGCCGACGCCAAGGCGCCCGCCGCCGAUGCCAAGGCGCCCGCCGCCGAUGCCAAGGCGCCCGCCGCCGAUGCCAAGGCGCCCGCCGCUGCCAAGGCGCCCGCCGCCGCCGCCGCCAAGGCUCCUGCCGCCGACGAUGACGAGGAGCCCGACGCCGCUGAUGCCAAGGCCCCCGCUGCUGAUGCCAAGGCGCCCGCCGCUGCGGCCAAGGCGCCCGCCGCGGCCGCCGCCAAGGCGCCCGCUGCUGCCGCCCCGGCCGCCGCAGGCCGUCGCUGA